UACCAAUGGAAUAGUUUCAGAAGGCUUGAUAGUAAAGGUUUGUGGCUAACAUGUACACCGAUGUUCUCCCACGUCCCUUCCCUUUAUACGACAAGUUUGCGUAGGGAGAAGAGGAAAGGCAGUGACUGCCCUGACUCAAGAUGACUAAUAAGAAUUCGUAGUGAUCCGAGUAAAGGUAGCCGGAGACCUCUCAGCUGACUUUUCCCGCCGCUCUUCCCUAGGGGUAUUUCCCCGCUGUGAGGCCUGGAUGCUGUGUAGUGAAGCCGUCUCCGUGGCGUGUGGGGGCGGGGCCAGGGGCGGGGUUACAUGGCGGCCGCGGCUGGGGGAGGGCGCUCUAGUAGCGGGCAGUCUCAGGAAGCGCCGCUACCUCUCUAGAGAUUUGGGUGAGGGGGGGUGCGGUUGGCCGCCCGCUCACCUGGGCUCAGCCGGACACCGCCCCCUCCCCUGCCCCCGCCCUAGCCCCGCGCCGGCCCUGGGCUCGGCAACUCGGCACAAUCUGGGCCGCCUCAAGCAGCCGCGCGCCGCCGUCGCCUAGGUCUCUGCUGCCCCGGGCCGCCAUGACGGCCGCCGUGUUCUUCGGCUGCACCUGCAUCGCCUUUGGGCCGGCUCUCGCUCUCUACGUCUUCACCAUCGCGUCUGACCCGCUGAGAAUCAUCUUCCUCAUAGCAGGAGCAUUCUUCUGGUUGGUGUCUCUGCUGCUCUCCUCCCUCAUUUGGUUCGUUGCAGUAACCAUUAGUUCCACCAAAAAUGAAUCAGUGCAGAGAGGUUUGCUUAUCUUUGGAGUAUUGUGCUCUGUCAUUAUUCAAGAGGUCUUCCGGUUUGCAUAUUACAGACUUUUAAAAAAAGCAAAUAAGGGUUUGAUGACUAUCAGCCAAGAGGAGACAGCACCCAUUUCUAUAAGACAGCUGGCCUAUGUGUCCGGCUUAGGUUUUGGGAUCAUGAGUGGUGUAUUUUCCCUUGUUAAUAUCCUAUCUGAUUCCUUGGGACCAGGAAUAGUGGGCAUACAUGGAGAUCCUCCUCAAUUCUUUCUUGCAUCAGCUUUCAUGACUCUAGUUAUGGUUUUACUGCAUGUCUUCUGGGGAGUUGUGUUUUUUGAUGCAUGUGAGACAAAAAACUGGUGGGCCCUAAUCGUGGUCAUCCUGAGUCACUUGCUGGUGUCAGGUCUGACCUUCCUGAAUCCCUAUUAUAAAGCAAGUUUAGCAGCAUCAUAUGUUAUCAUGCUGCUUAUGGGUAUCUGGGCAUUCUUCGCUGCCGGCGGCUCUUGUAGAAAUUUGAAACGAUGCCUAUUGUGCCGAGACAAGGACUUCCUUCUUUCCAACCAGCGUGCCAGAUAACAUCUGAGAAUUGGGACCUCCCUGAACAGCUUUCUGUGUUUUUAGAGGAAGCACAACUGUGCCUUUUUCUAAAAUUCUUUUUCUGGUUGAAUUUAGAAGGAAAAAAUGCCAACUAGAUACGUGAUUCUCAUCUAAUAAGGCUUCUAUCCAGCAGCUGUCUCAAAUGCAUACAUGAAUGAUAACUCCCUGGGGCAAAUCCAAGAACAUAUGAAAGGAAUAUGUAGUUGUGUCUUUAUACUUUCAGUAUGGUUAUAUUAAUACAUCAAGAAUUACUACUUGCUGAACCUACAUCUUUUAAGUUAUGGAGCCACAAAAAGUUAAAGGGGUAUAAUUUCUGUGGUCCUUCUUGUGUGUUGUUAUUGAAGCACAUCCCUUUUAGGGUUAGAUUAAUUAAGGUAAUUAGUGGCUUAUGAGACAAUAGGUUCUGCUUCUAAAUUAUUUUUACUCAAAAUAAGAUGUUUAUUAGUGGCUAUAUUUUUUAAGGUUUUUCCCAUCUAGAACUCUUUGGGGAUCUAAAAAUUAUUUUUGAAGUAUAGGGAAGUAACCUGUAUUUGUAAUAAGAACAAUCCUUAAGGAAGGUAUCAACUUUACCAUGGAUCAUAAAAAUAUGUUCAACAUAGCCCAGAUGAGUUUAAAAAUUAACACAGAUGACAUUCUCUGUAACCAGAGGCUAUCCUAAUGGUUAUAGAUUUCUUAAGAAGGUAUUUGAAAUUGGGGGGGGGGGUGUUUUAUCAGUAACUUGCAGGCCUUUUUUCAUUUUGAGGGUAUUCCUUUCUUGUGACUUUCAGCUUAAAUUGUUCAACUUUGUGCCCAGUUUAUAUGGCAGCCCUGUAUUUUAUUCCUGAAUAUCCCUUAUAAGAAACCAUAUGGUAUAUAUUUCAAUAAAAUUCAACAAAAUAGGUAAAAGGUUAAAAGAAAACAUGAGAAAAGUAAGCUGGUGAAGAAGAUUGUUUUAUUUUGUUCAUAUGCUGUUAAAUGGUGAAUGGCAUUUUAUUUUCUUCCCCAAAGUGGCAUAAUCUCUUUAGCCAUGGAGUUAUAUAAAAUUGAAAUAUAUCUGAAAUUAACAAACAUAAUUUAUGUACUAUUCAUAUUUUCCAAAACUUGUAACUUUUUGGCUUUGAGCACCAGAUGCAAUAUUCCCAGUGUUAAUUCAGUUUUUAAACUUCCUUUUGCUUUCAUUUUUUCUUAGAAAACUCCCAAUAAAUCAUGCUGGUAAUAACUAGCAUUUGUUUUCAGAAAAGAUGGUAGUAUGGAAUAGAAUUAAUAUGUACAGUAAGGUGAUAAAUCAGUAAAUUAUUUAGGUGCACUAGAUCUUCUAGCCAAAAGAGAGGAGAGAAAUACUGAGAAUUACUGAGUGCUAGGAUGAGAGACUAAUAAGUCUGGAGAAACUUUAGAGAAGUAGUAUGUUGAUGAAGAUUUUUAAAAGAAUUGUAUCCAGUCCUGAACUAGUUAUACAUGAUAUCCCAGAGUUAAACCUUGUAUACAAACUGUUUUAUAAAUUUUUUUUGAGGAAUUUUAUAAAUUUUGACCAUGAUGUCUAAAUUGCACAUUUCACUUUGGGCUGAAUGAAGAGAAGUUUGAAUUACAUGUCCAUAAGGACCUGUAGCUAUUUUCCUUUAAAUUUAUCUAUUUUCUUCACUUUAGUUCUACACUGGUUUUCAUUUUGUCAAAGAACAGUAUAGCUUAAGCUUCUCAUUUUCUUGUCUUUAAAAAUUCUCAUUAGACUAGGAGAGUUAUGGACAGAAUUUGCAUCUAUGAAAAUGAAAUCUGUACAUAGACUAGGAGUAUAAGAAAUAUCCAUUGCAAUGAAAUUUAUUUUGAUAAGGAUGGUUAAUUCCUCUCACCUGUUUCUCAGUUGUGAACAAGAAGAGACCAUUAUUAGUAUUAACUUUUUAAACGGUUAUCAACAGUCAAAGGAAAUAUUUGUUGAUUAGCAAUUAUAAAAAAGGUCCUACAGCAUAGUUCUUAUAAGUUACCUGACUGAUAUGUAAAGAAGGCUGGGAUAUUAAGAAAUCCCAUUGCAAAAACUCCAACCAAAAACCAUACCAUGACUAAGAAGAAAAACUAUCCUUUACUUUGAGACUAUUGAUUUAGUUUAGAAAAUUUUCUUUAUGUGAUGAUUCUAAAAUUGUUGUUAGUAAAAGGCCCUUUCAAGUUCUUUUUCCCUCUCAGUUUUGCCAUGAUACACAAAAGAGUUGGGAUCUGUUAUUUGAUGUUUUAAAUAAUGUUGCUUAGCCUGAUUGCAAGAAAGACACAAAAGGAAGAUUAUAUUCUUCAUUUAUUCUAUGUAUAUAUUAAGAUGCUUUUUGCCUUUGUUAUUUAAAACAAGCCUUAAAGGAGAUGGUGCUUAUGGGGAUUUUGUCCUCCAAGCAGGAUCUUUACAACAUGUAAAAAAAUGCAGUUAACAUGACCUUGAAAUUGUGAGCACUGUAUUGUAGUGCUUGGAUAUACUGGCAUGUAAAUGAUAGAAAUUAGACCAUCUGUUAAAAGUGCUAUAUUUAUCUUUAAUGCCUUUGAAAUCAUAGCAUGUUUUAUUUAAAUGGGGAGAUUGUGAUGACCAUUCCUGUUCCUGGUGAUGGAGACAAAGUGGAUGUCUCUUCAGGUAACUGAAAAUUAUAAAUUUGCCAAAAGAAAUAAAUUAUGAAGUCUGUGAAUUGUAUAGAAAA